AUUUUUCGAAACACAAAUUAAACUUAUAUCGAAUAACAUUCGAGAAAUCAGAAAUGAAUCCAAGUGAAAAUAAAUAUACAUUUGAUCGUGCCCACACGACUCCGACGACCACGCCAGCCCACCUAAACUCCUUUCAAACAAACAAACAAAUUAAAAAACAAAAGAAGAAAGAAAAGGAAAAACUGGUUCCUGUUCAUCAUCGCAUCGCAUUGCAAUAGAUUUUGUUGAUCAUCAUCAUCUUGAGAUUGAUGAGAAGAGAUAGUGGUGAGAAAAAUGACGUCGAAAAACAAACAGAAAUUGGUGAUGAGGAAGAUGUGCCCGAAUUUCGAGCGGGAGGACACGCUGGAGACGGUGCUGGAGGUGCCGAUCCCGGAGGAGAUGUUCGCGACGCUGGGCAGCAACGGGGCGCAGCGGUGGCAGGCCAUGGCCGCCUGGAUGAAGGCCCAGACGGCGGACAAGUGGUCGUCGCCGCUCAUCGUGGGGCGCUACAACGAGAUGAGCUUCAUCCUCAGCAUCGUGGGCUGCCCCAUCCUCCCCUUCCAGAUCCAGGUGGACCGCUCCAUCGAGCGCGCCGUCAAGCACGCUUCCAUUGAGGCGUCGACUGCCAAGUACAUCGUGCAGCAGUACAUAGCGGCGAUGGGCGGGCAGGCGGCGCUGAACGCCCUGAGCAGCAUGUGCGUGGUGGGGCAGGUGAAGAUCAGCGCGUCGGAGUUCCACCAGGGCGACGAGUCCGUCAAGACCAAGAGCAACGAGCAGGCCGGCGGCUUCGUCCUCUGGCAGAAGAAUCCCGACAAGUGGUGCCUCGAGAUGCUCAUCUCCGGCUCCAAGGUCAUCUCCGGCAGCAACGGCGCCCUCUCCUGGCGCCAGUCCUCCAACCAGCACAGGCCCAUCUCCAAGGGCCCGCCCCGCCUCCUCCGCCGCUUCCUCCAGGGCCUCGACCCCCGCGCCGCCGCCAAUCUCUUCAUCGACGCCGUCUGCAUCGGCGAGAAGAUCAUCAACGACGAGGAUUGCUUCAUUCUCAAGAUCGACACCAACCAGAGCACGCUGGAGGCGCAGAGCGGGCCCAAGCACGAGAUCAUCCACCACACCAUCUGGGGCUACUUCAGCCAGCGAUCGGGCCUCCUCGUUAAGCUCGAGGAUUCCCGGCUGCUCUCUGUCAAGACCUGCAAGGAAGACGGAGACGUUUUCUGGGAAACCAGCACUGAGUCUGUCAUCGAGGAAUACAAGCUCGUCGAAGGCGUCAACAUCGCCCACGGCGGCAAGACCUUCUUCACCGUUUUCAGAUACGGGGAGGAGUCUGCAAACCACAAACGAGAGAUGCAGGAGACGUGGAAGCUUGAAGAGGUGGAUUUCAACGUCUACGGAUUGAAACCAGAUUUCUUUAUGCCUCCCACCGAAUUUAAACCAAAAGGGAAGGCUUAAGUUAAGGAGAAUACAAUCACACUCACACGCUUUUGUAGAUUAAUCCAUUAGACGUAGCUCUAUUUUUGUUACAUCAUAUACCCAUAUAUUCUUUUUUUAAAGCAAUUAGAUCAUAGCGAUUCUUGAAUGCUCAUAAAUUAACGUUGCAUGUUGCAUUCUAAAGCUCCAUUCAGCUUUGGCCUUGUCGAAACCGGAUAAAAUUUCCUUCUUUA